GCUAGUCUACGAGUUGCAUCGCCCUUGGAUCAUUUCGUUGCACAAUGGGUACCAUUUCAGAUGACGAAAUAAUAAAAAGAAAAUUGCUUAUUGAAGGAGAGAGUGGUAACGAUGACAGAAGACUGACACUUCUGUUAAAAAAUUAUCUUCGUUGGGUUGCUUCUGAGGACAUUGAUGGAUCCGACUUUGAGACCUUUCAGGCACUCAUUGGUAGCGUUAACCAGUGCGAAAAUGCCAUGGAACAAUCUCAUCUUGUGCUUCUGAUGAACGAAGAACAGCAAAAGCAAUAUUCGCAACUUCAGGAGGACAUCAAAACUGAGAUGGAAAAUGCCAAAGUUCUCAUCGAGGAACGGAAGGAGGAAUUGAGGACAGCCAAGAUCAUCCGACGCAACCGGCGAGAAUACGACGGUCUUGCACACAUAAUCAAUGAACAUCCAGAACGAAACGAGACGCUAAGUAAGCAUACAAAGUUGCGCAAUCGACUCGUGGCAUUAAACCAGCUUAAUGAUGAGUGCGACCAGAAGAUUGCUUUAAGAAGGAAGCAAUUUCACCUGUUCCUGCACGCACUCAACGACCUUCAGAGUAUGAUUAAAAGUGAUGAACCCGUGGAUGAGUCCCUUCUAACCGUCGCAAACUCGUCAAUAGAAGAAACGUUGAAGAUGGAUACGACCUGAGCAAACGCUCCCUUUGCGCCCGUUAUGUUAUUACCAUGUGUUUAUGUACAGUUUACAUGUUUAUUUAAUUACCCGACGCUGCAACUUUUGU